AGGCGAUACCGCUCGCGUUCUUCUGUUCCCCAAUGACACCACGAGCAGUUUUCAUUUCGCCAUAGUAGUCGUUCACAGUGUUAAUGGCGGGUGAGAAUACUAUUGGAAGGACAAUGAAUCUAGGGUUCCUUCAUCUCCAGAAGCUCGCCCUCGAACUCAAAUGCCCUCUCUGCUUAAACUUUCUGAAGAAGCCACAUAUACUGCCAUGUGAUCACAUUUUCUGCGGGUCGUGCCUACCCAAAUCCAAACAGCUGGGUCCGGAAUGCCCUUACUGUAAGGUUCCCUGCGCUGAUGAAGAUAGUAGGCACCUGCCCUUCAUCGAGAACCUUGUGACGAUCUACAAAGGACUGGAUGCUGCUUUUCAUGCCACUGCAGUGCAGUCGGUUGGUUCUGGUAUGGCCUCUCUUCCAUUGAUUAUAUAG